UACGUCUUGUUUUUUCAUGUCUGCUCUUGAUCUUGAUAACACGCCGUCCCCUCCUCCCUUCACAAAUAUAUAACCCUGUCAACAGCACACGCUUCCCUCCGAUGUCUGUCCUCAAAUGGCUCAAUCCUCGCAGCAACAAAUACUCUUCGCUCCCGACUUCCAAUCCGAGCUCUGGGCAUCUCAAUCCCGAACUAUUUCAUAGCUCACCUGCCAAGCGGAAGCGGCUACUGCAGAUUGGUCUGGGUACAGUAUUUAGCAUCUUGCUCCUUGGUGCGGUCAUCAGACAGAGUGUCCUUCCGCGGUCUCUGGUUACAGGACAAAAAGACAACGACUGGCAAGAUGGUGUACCAGGGAUAAUAGGAGAUGUGUCAGCAAAUCCAAACCAGGAAAAUCCUAUAGAGGCUAGCGGAGAAAUAGAGCUGGAACGUGAGAAACCAGGAUGGACAGAGGCCAUGGGUUGGAAAUCGUCCAGCAAUAAAGGAUUGGCCGAUCUUGGAGAGAUAGCCGAACAAAGAUAUAUAUUAAAUGUUGAUGCAGGAGAAAGCGGUACACGAGAAUACUUCCGCCGUCUGUAUGAUUUUGCAGUCACGCUUCCAGUGCGUCUUCAUUCGCCCUUUCUGUCCUCACUUCACGACCAUCUACCACCAGCAUAUAUCGAUGCUCUACCUAAUUACCCCAACAGUCAGCCCUAUUUGCCAUCGAUGGUGUCUUAUAAAAACAUUCAUAUGACUGAUAAGACAUUCAACCCUCAAAACAAAUUUAUACAAUCGUGGGAAGAGACAAACAGCAAAGACGGAUGGCAAAUCAAUUUUUUGGACGAUCAACAGGCGCAGGAUUGGGUGGAAAAGAAUUUUAGGCGAAGUGAUGUUGAGUGGGCUUGGAACUUCAUGCACCGAGGGGUACUGAAAGCAGACUUUUUGAGAUAUUUGCUCCCCUUAGUCCAUGGUGGCGUAUAUUCUGACGUAGAUACUCGCCCUAUUCGACCGAUCGAGCAAUGGGGUCUCCUCGAUACAGAAUAUCUUGACCUUACUGCAACGGACGGUCCGUCUUGGAAAACUGCCCUCUCUACACACCCCGCUGUAAUUGUCGCCGUUGACGUCGAUGUUCACGCUAAGCAGGGUUGGGAGCGCUACUGGCCUCGCCCGCUUGGAAUUUGCCAGUGGACGUUAUCCUCUGCACCAAACCACCCAAUUUUCCUUGAUGCGGUUAGAAGGGUGGUAAAUUCGUCGCGAGUGGUACAGGCUUGGGAGGAGCAGAGGGACGAAGAGGUCACCAGACUUGAAAGAGAGCAACCCCGGGGAUGGUCCCGAGAGGUGGACCGUUUGCGCAAGCUAGGGCGGAGCGAAGCGAUGAGUGUGAUGGAAUGGACUGGCCCAGGGCUAUUCACCGAUUCUGUUUUGGCAUUCCUUCUCUCUAGGUAUAAUGUCACUUGGCACCGUUUGCGGGGGUUAGAACAUCCUCUCAGAAUUGGGGAUGUCCUUAUUCUUCCAAUCACAGCUUUCUCCCCGGGUGGCGAGAAAGACUUCAGGGCGAAGGGACCAGACUCGCCCCAAGCUAAUGUUCUUCACAAUUUCCGAGGAAGCUGGAAGCCUGACGGGGCUUGAUUAGCUGGUGAUGCUACCUGAGGGUUCGAUCUGUAACGGAUAACAAAGCAGGAAAACAUGUAGCAACAUUAGCAUCAAGGGAUCCGAGGGGACAUACAUAUAAAUGUUUUAUAUUGUUAUUAUUAUUCAACUGUUCAUUGGCAUUUAUGAAUCAACGACAAACAUGUCUAGUCAUU